GACGUUGUGGAGGCUGAUAAUUGCAAAGCUUCACCAUGAGAAUUAUCAUUGAAGAGCACCCAAACGUGCUGGACGUUUCGGAGCUGCUACGCCCUGAGCCAAAGUUUGUUGACAAGGAAGUGUCCAAGUUCCGGGACUACACGGUAGACGAGAACGAUCCACUGAAGGAGCGUGUCCGUCGCACGUACAAGCUUAUGCACACCCAUCAAACGGUUGACUUCGUUAAAGGCCGCCAUGCGGAUUGGCUCAAGUUCGAUCACUUCAAAGCCACCAUCCGUCAAGCGCUGGAAAAGCUGAACGAUCUGGUUGAUGAGUCUGAUCCGGAUCUGGAUCUGCCGAACAUUGUGCACGCCUUCCAGACGGCCGAACGUGCCCGGCAGGAGUUUCCCGAGCUGGAUUGGUUGCAUCUCACCGGUUUGAUACACGAUCUGGGCAAGGUGAUGGCUUUCUACGGUGAGCCGCAAUGGGCGGUGGUGGGCGAUACGUUCCCGGUUGGCUGCGAAUGGGGUCCGAGCAUUGUGUAUCGGGAGGAUAGCUUCGUUGAUAAUCCGGAUGGCAAUAAUCCAAAGUACAAUACGAAAAAUGGUAUGUACGAGCCCAACUGUGGAUUGGAGAAGCUGACCAUGUCCUGGGGUCACGACGAGUAUCUGUACCGGGUGUUGAAGCACAACCGUAGUACGCUGCCGGAGCAAGCACUGCACAUGAUUCGUUACCAUUCGUUCUACCCAUGGCAUUCGGGGGGCGAUUACCAUCAUCUGACCAACGAAAAGGACGAACAAACGAAGCAGUGGGUCUUGAUGUUCAAUCGUUACGAUCUGUACACCAAAUCGACCACAUUGCCCGAUAUCGAAGCGUUGUGGCCAUACUACCAGGGCCUGAUUGACAAGUACUGUCCGGGAGAGUUAGAGUUCUAA